UGUUUUUUUUUAGCUUAGACGCUUUCAAAAUAAAUAAAUCAUCAUGCAGUCCCUGCUAGUUGCAUUGGCUGCGAUCUGCAGUUUAAAGUUACAAUCCGUGCUUGGUCAUGGACGACUGAUGGAUCCACCCGCGCGCAAUGCCAUGUGGCGCUUUGGAUUUCCAAAUGCGGUAAACUACAAUGACAACGAACUCUUCUGCGGUGGAUAUGCUGUGCAAUGGGAACAGAAUGCGGGGAAAUGUGGGGUGUGCGGUGAUGCGUAUCAUGUGAAAACGCCACGCCCACACGAGGCGGGUGGUGAAUAUGCGAAAGGGAUAAUUUCACGGUACUACGCGGCAGGGCAGGAAAUCGACGUAGAAAUCGAACUUACUGCCAAUCAUUAUGGCCGUUUCGAAAUGUUCCUCUGCCCCAACAACAAUCCACGUCGUGAGGCUUCACAAGAAUGUUUCGAUCGCUUUCCACUUUACAUUUCUGGUAGCCGGCGUGAACAUCGUUUUCUCAUACCACGCGAUGCACCCAAGAAAGAGAUAUUCCGCUAUCGUGUCCGUCUGCCGCCCUAUGUCACGUGUACGCAAUGUGUGCUGCAAUGGACCUACUACACAGCCAAUAUGUGGGGCAAAUGCGGCAACGGCACCGAGGCGGUGGGUUGCGGUAAGGCGGAAACAUUCCGGAACUGCGCCGAUAUUGCGAUCGUAUCCAAUACGGGUGGCGGUGUACCGCCAAUCUUCGUGAAUAACAAAUCUCCUUAUCUACUUUACUAUAGAGAUUAUCGUGCGCCGGAGGAUAAUAACGUAUUCCCGCUUAUUGUACGUGAUCAAAAAUGUAUUGCCGCUCCAGCAUUCCGUACGAUACCGGGCAUGGAUAACUGGUGUGAAACUAAUUGCUUGCGUUAUCCACCUAAUUGUCCGGAAACUGCAUGUUACUGUCCUAAAGACUGCGUUGCCAUUGGCGAACUGGAGGGACGUGAGGGUGCGGACACAUAUUGUAUGGAUGAAUGUCUGAAUUAUAAUUCAAUAUGUCCAGUGGAUAGAUGUCGUUGCUUCUAAAUUGGGAAAUCUAUGGAACGCUGUCUGUAAAAGUGCCGCCAGCACUCACAGUUCAGAUUUCAUGGAACGGAGACUAAUGUAUAAGCCGUUAUGCUUACGAGAGACGAAUCAAAGCUGUGCUACGAAUUCUGUGCCUUUUUUAAUUUGCUUUUAUAAUUUUUGUACGAUUUAAUAAAAAAAUAUAUACAUACAUACAUAUACUAAAAAGGUUAUACA